AUUUCAGUCUCCAGGAUAGCUAAAUGUUCAACUGAGAAGCUAGCCAGUGUUGCGGAUUUGUUUUCCAAAAUUAUUGUGACUAUUGUGUAUUUGUUUUUUUUUUUAUAGUUAUCCUAGUGUUGUUGGAUAAGAUAGCGGCAUUUUUCAUUCCAUAGCGGAUUUAUUUUGACAAUUCGGAUUGUGGAUUUAUAUAUCAUUAUUAAACGCAUUGAAUUGAAAAGAAUCGAGAUCGACUGAGGAUUCAUGAACAAAACAGUAGGACCUUCACCAACAAUUGUAUUGGACGAUGUGAGACUAGCAUAAGAUGGGAACCCCUUCCAGAAGUUUCUGCUGAAAUUAGACCAACCGUUACAAUGAGGGCGCCACACUUUGCCCUUUUUCUUUUGUGGUACCUCGUGAUAUUGCUUCAGCCCACGGACUCUAGGGUGCUGUUUAGGCGCCCUGGUGCGUAUAACACCUUUAUGAAACAAGUGACUGUGAACUUUGAAAAGGCCAAGGUGGAGACUCUAGGUGAUAUAUUCAAAAGGCAUGUUCAACAACUCAGGCAUACCCCCAAUAAGAUGGUGGAGCUUGUGUUUUUAAUUGACAGCUCUGGCACAGUUGGGAGAUCUUAUUUUUAUGAAGAAGUUCGAUUUGUUCGUUAUUUAUUAUCUGACUUCACCGUGGAUGUGAAUACAACUCGUGUUUCUGUCAUCACAUUUUCAUCCCCUAAUAAAAUAUUCCGCUACAUCGACUACCUCUCUUACCCCGACCAAGAGAAUCAUAAGUGCAGAUUGCUGACAGAAGACAUCCCUCAGGUAGACUAUACGCCUGGAGGCACACAUACACUUGGAGCAUUCUUAGAAGCUGAGAAAGUGCUGAAGUCAGCCAGGCCUGAUGCAGUGAAAGCUAUUUUUCUUAUGACUGAUGGCUACUCAAACGGCGGUGACCCUCGUCCAGUUGCCAAGAAGCUAAAGAGAGACGGUGUUAAAAUUUUUACAUUUGGAAUCCGCGAUGGUUUUGUGUGGGAACUGCAGGAAAUGGCUUCCGAACCCAAGAAUGAGACUUGUUAUAUUCUAGACAGCUUUGAAGAAUUCGAAGCACUUGCUAAACGGGCUUUACAUGCUGAUCUUCAAACAGGAUCCUAUGUAGAACAGUCUGCAGAUAAAUGUAGAAGACUCUGUAAUUCUGAGAACUUGUGUUGCCAUGAAAAUGCUUCUUGUUCAUGUGGAACCUAUACUGGAAAGUAUGAAUGUUUGUGUAGGCCAGGUUAUUUUGGAACUGGAAGAGGGAGAAAUGGGUGUAAACCAUGCCCUCCAGGUACAUAUAAAAACUUCACAGGGUUAGGAGAUAUAAAUAUAUGUAUACCAUGUCCUGAUGAGCAUCAGACAACACCAGAAGGAGCAGUCUCUAUAGCCCAAUGUGUUUGUAAACGUGGUUACAGAAGCUUUGGUCACAGGUCAUGUACAGUUUUCCGAUGUCCUGAGCUGUCACCACCUAAAAAUGGUUAUUUUGUGAAUAAUAAAUGCAACAAUGUCUUUAAUGCAGCCUGUGGUUUGAGAUGUCAACAUGGAUAUGAACUUCGUGGCAGCAGUCUUCGCAUUUGUCAAGAUGAUGGAACCUGGUCAGGACAACCUGCUGAAUGUAUUAUGAAGACUUGUCCGUCAUUACCUUCACCAAAAAAUGGUCACAUGAUUUGUUCCAGUGAUGACUUUUCCUAUUCCACUGUGUGUCGUUUUACAUGCAACGCUGGCUAUCAGCUGGUGGGAUCUAGAAAACGAACCUGUCUAGCAAUAGCCUACUGGACUGGAAUAGCAACAAUAUGUAGAGAGAUAACCUGCCCACCUCUUGUUGAAAUUAAAGAUGGACUCAUCACUCCACAGUCUUGUAUGCUACGUGAGGUUGUAUUUGGCACUACCUGCCACAUGUCCUGUUUAUCUGAUUACACCUUGAAAGGUCCACAUAACAAGCAGUGCACUCCAGAUGGCACCUGGUUAGCCACUGGGACAGGGGUGAAUCAGUGUAUCGAUGAAACUCCUCCUGUCCUGCAAUGUCCAGAGAACAUUGAGAUUGAGGCAGAUGAGGUUGAAUCUACAACAGAAGUGUCAUGGUCAGCACCAGUUCCUGUGGACAAUUCUGGUUUCCGUCCUGUGCUUACAGCUGACCCUCCUAUUACAUCUGGCUCACGAUUACCUAUUGGAGUAACUGUCAUCACUUAUAAAGCUGAAGAUUUGAGUCAGAAUGUUGCCACUUGCAAAUUUACGAUCAGUGUUGUUGACAAGACACCACCAAGAGUUGACAAAUGUCAGUCACCUUCACCUUUUAUUUCCAGCCAAGAUACCACAGAAAUAUUAUUGGAAACUCCUCUGUUCUCAGACAACUCAGGCCUUCCUGUUGAAGUUGUAUCCUCCUUUAAGCGUGGAAAAUUGUUUCCAUCUGGCACCACCAAAAUAACUUAUACAGCUUUUGAUAAUGCUAACAAUAAUAGUUCAUGCUCUAUUGAAGUUACUGUGAUUCGCCAUCGUUGUGGAUCUCCUGUUCCUCCAGUUCAUGGUAACAUUACUUGUAAAGAUGGUGAAAUAGGAGUACUGUGUCACAUUGUUUGUGAUGUGGGCUAUGCAUUUGCUGUGGCUCCUGCAGAAGAAUAUUUCUGUGCCUAUGAAGAUGGCCGCUGGUUGCCACAAGAGAACUUUCCUUUUCCUGAUUGUGCAGAAACUCAAAUCUCCAAUGAAAUAGAGCAACCAGCUACAAUAACAUUAACAGGUGACCUUUCAUGUAAAGAUAAAAUCUUAAUCGACAAAAUACAACAAGAUCUGGAGGGAAAGAUGGAAGACAAAAUUUUAAUUGCUUGUGAAAAUGAUGUAAGCUGUUCAGUUGCAUCUUUAAAAGCAGUAUGUGAGGAUGAAGAAGAUUUUAAUAGAAUUCAACUAAUACCUGAUAAAUCCAGAAGUAAAAGAUUAAUUAAAACCAGUGGAAAGCAGUCAAGAUUAAAAAGACAUGUUGCUAAAAAGUCUAGAUUGUCAUUUGAAAUUGUUCUAGAAGGUUCAGUGAAGAACAAUGAGAUGAGAACAGCUUCUAGCAAUAAGUCUGAAUUACUAAUGAAUAUGUUGACAAUGUUACAAAAUGAGGCCAGUAAAGGCUCUUUGGACCUUUUGGUUGAUGAUCAUAUCCUGAAGUUGUCCCAGUUUAGUUAUGACCUUGACCUGUUGACCAUCAAAUGUCCAGAUGGUAGUAUAGUUGUGAAUGAAACUUGUGUUAAAUGCCCUGUUGGUACCUAUUACGCUAAUGAAAACAAGACAUGUAGAGGCUGUCCUGUUGGUUCAUAUCAACAUGAAGAAGGACAUAUCAGUUGUUUGACAUGCCCAGCAAACAAAGCCACUGAAAAAGAACAGUCUAAAAGUGAACAAGAAUGCAAAGCCUUUUGUCCACCUGGAUCAUUUUCCAUGAGUGGACUUGAGCCUUGUGAAACUUGUCAUCUUGGUUUUUAUCAACAAAACUACUCCUCUACGAGCUGUGUACCUUGUCCUAAAGGACAAAUCACUCUACGAAGAGGAAGUAAAACAGACCAAGACUGUGCAGUGCUAUGCAAGCCUGGUUUCAUUGGUAAUGAUGGGUUGGCUCCCUGCAUUCCUUGCCCUGUCAACACUUACCAACCUAAAUCUGGCCAGACAGAAUGUAUCUAUUGUCCACCAGAAAGUGGCACAGCUUAUAAUGGAAGCACUUCAAUCAUGGAUUGUCUUCAGUCAGACAUAAUUAACAUACAAGGAGAUCAACAAUUUAUUUUCCCUUUUGGAUGCAGUGAUGAACCUUGUGAAAAUGGAGGAACAUGCGUCUUUAGGAAGGGGAUUCCAAACUUUAAAUGUCACUGUUUGGCAGACUUUACAGGUACUAAUUGUGAAACUAGGAUAAAUUACUGUGCUUCAUUACCCUGUGGUCAUGCUGGUUUAUGUGUUCCAAAGACUGGUGGCUAUACAUGUAACUGUAAAGCUGGAUUUACUGGUUUCCAAUGUGAAAUAGACAUAAAUGAAUGUGCAAGUCAACCAUGUUUGAAUAAGGGCAUUUGUAUUGAUGGUAUCAAUCAAUUUACAUGCAAUUGUCCUCUGCCAUUCACAGGUCCAACAUGUGCUAGUGCGAUUAGCAACUGUGCUGAAAUCAAUUGUUUAAAUGGUGGUGUUUGUAUAAAUACCCAGUCAAGCUUCAAAUGUAACUGUCCACCAGGAUUCUCUGGAAUAACCUGUGAAAUAGACAUAGAUGAAUGCCAAGCGACACCUUGUAAAAAUGAUGGAACUUGUCAAGAUUUACCCAAUGAUUACAAGUGUCUCUGUAUGCCUGGUUUUACUGGCAAAAGUUGUGAAACUCAGAUUAACGAGUGUGCUGAUCUUCCCUGUCAGAAUGGUGCCACAUGUGAAGAUUUAAUAAACAACUAUAGAUGUCAUUGUACUGUAGGUUUCACUGGACACAAAUGUGAAAAAGUUUUGACUUCACAAUAUCAGCUGGAUUUCAUUUCACCAAGUAUAAUGGACUACGCAGAGCUUGCCAUUGAUCAGCCAAUGACAUCAGUUACUGCCUCAUUUUGGAUCAAGUCUAAUGAUGAAAGUCAUGGGGGAACUCCAUUUUCCUAUGCUGCGAAAGAUAAUUUUAAUGCAUUUACAGUAACUAGAUUAGAAGGGCUAACUCUGUCUAUCAAUAAUGAGCAAAGAAUUAUGAAUACCAAAGUAAAUGAUGGGGCAUGGCAUCAUGUUGUAUUUACAUGGUCCUAUAACAGAGGAAACUGGAAAUUAUUUGUAGAUGGCAUUUUGAAGGAUGAGGGAUUUGACCUUUCAACUCAGAAGCCUAUUCCAGGAAAAGGCAUAUUUAUAGUUGGUCAAGAGCAAGAUAGUUUUGGUGGAGAUUUUAGUCCAAGUGAGACUCUGAAUGGAACUUUGUCACACCUAAAUGUAUGGGAUCAGGAAUUUACCUCUAAAGAUGUUGAGAAUCUUCGAAGCAAUUGUAAUAUAUCGGAAGGCAACAUUAUAUCAUGGUCUGCUGUACAAGCAUCUCUUAAGGGAAAUGUUGUAGCAUCCACACCGUCUGUUUUCUGUCAAGAUUGCCCUUUACCAACUAGUCCACUCAAUGGUAGAGUAUCUUACACUGACACUAAAGUUGGCUCCCAAAUUAACUUUGAGUGUAACACUGGUUACGCUUUGGGUGGUCCGCCAACCCUUACUUGCCUUAUAUCAAGAGAAUAUGAUAAUUCUAACAGAUUCCCAGAAUGUGAAGUUAUUAAUUGUGGUAGUCCUCGCUCAGUCAGAAAUGGUAAAAUAAAAGGAAGAGAUUUCACUUAUGGCAAAAAAGUGAGCAUAGAAUGUAACUUUGGCUAUGUCAACAAAGGACUAGCAGAAAUAUCUUGUGACGAAUUUGGUGAUUGGAGCAGAGGUGGAACCUGUGAAUUUAAAACUUGCACUUUGCCAGUAGAUAUGAAAAAUACAAUUAAAUCUGUCAACAAAACCAGCUUUUUUCCCAAAGAUGUUGUAAGGUUCACCUGCAAACCAGGACACUAUUUACAAACACAGCAUGAUUCUGUCACAUGUGAACUUGGCGGUUCGUGGGAUAAAAGUGUUCCAUCUUGUGAUUCCAUCACAUGUUCAAAACCUCCAAAUAUAGCUAAUGGAAAACUUGUGGGUACAAAAAAUGACUAUAAUAUUGGAGAUGAAGCUAGAUACAAGUGUGACACUGGUUUUGAAUUCAGUCAAGUAGGUGAUAACACUAAAGACACACUGGCUUGCUUACCUUCUGGUCAGUGGGAGACAUUAUUACCUCAAUGUCUGCCCAUUACAUGCCCUGAUCCACCGCCUGUUCGUAAUGCUAUUGCUGUAGGGGAAGGUCGGACUUAUCUAUCUCCUGUUACAUACUCCUGUCUGCCUGGUUUCCUGCCAUCUGGUAAAAACAUUAUAGAAUGUGAAGCCAACAAAGACUGGUCUGCUGGAUCCAAAUUUUCCUGCUCUCCUGUUAAGUGUGGAGAGCCUCCACCAUUUCAAAAUGGGGCUAUAGAAGGCAAUGAUUACUAUUUCAACAAUAUUAUUUCCUACCAGUGUCAUCCAGGAUACAUACUUAAUGGAGAGGACAAUAGAAAAUGUCAGGAAAAUGCAACUUGGAGUGGAGAGGAUCCUUCUUGUAAUGCUGUGUCUUGUGGGGAUCUGUCACCAAUAGCUAAUGGAAAUGUCAAUUACAAAGAUGUAACCUAUCAGAGUACAGCAAAGUAUACAUGUCAUCCUGGCUUUGAACUUAAAGGUUCUGAGGAAAUAGUUUGUGAAGCUACAAGUAGUUGGCAGCCUGAUCCACCUACUUGUGACCCUCGACCCUGCCCAGUCCCUCAAGAUAUUACGUUUGGUACAUAUGCUGUUACUGGGCCAUUGAUUUACAAAGCCAACUUAACCUACAUGUGUAACACUGGCUAUCAGUUGAAUGGCACUUCAACAUUGUCUUGUCAAGAAGAUGGAAGCUGGUCUGCACCAGCUCCAAUCUGUCUACCCAUUCAAUGUCCAAUUUUGACAGACAUAACUAAUGGCUUUGUGAGGUUGCAAGGAACAAACUACUCUAGCACUGCCACUUACUCUUGUCACACUGGCUUCAGAUUGAUUGGUACAAGCAGCAGACUUUGUCAGAGCAGUGGUACUUGGAGUGAUCAAGCACCAGUUUGCCAAUCCACUACCUGCUCAAGACCAGAUGUUAUAAACAAUGGACACCUAGAGUAUAAGGAUUUAUCCAUUGGAUCAAUCAUCAGAUAUUAUUGCAAUACAGGAUACAAAUUGGAAGGAGAUCAAAUUAGAAGAUGUUUGGACAAUGUCACUUUUUCUGGUCUACCCCCAGAGUGUAAGCCUGUUCAGUGUGCUCCGCCUGGAACUAUAGCCAAUGGGGCUACAACUUUGUCAGAACCUGAAAAUAUUUACAAUUCUACUGCUACAUUUACCUGUGAUAAUGGCUAUUUUAUUAGAGGAACUGCAACAAUCAAAUGUGAAUCCAAUGGACAAUGGUCAUCUGCACUUCCUGCUUGUUUCCCUGUAGCAUGUAAUGUCACUCCAUUACUAGAUGGUAAAACUAACAGUACAACUGCAGUGUAUGGAUCUGUUGUUGCAUAUGAAUGUAAUCCUGGUUUUAAAAUGGUUGGUGACUCUGUUAGAAAAUGCUUAGCUGAUGGCACUUGGGACACUCCUAAGCCGCUAUGUGAAGUCAUUAGAUGCCCUGUACUUAGUCUAUCUGGUGGCCUUGUGUCAACUAUUGAGAGAACAGUGGGCACAGUUGUAAGAUUAGAAUGCAGAGGAAACUACCACCUAACUGGACCAUCUGUCAGAACUUGUGAAAGCAAUGGUAAGUGGAGUGGAGAUGAACCAUCCUGUUCUCCUAUCACUUGCCCGCCUGCAACUCCUAUUGCACAUGGUGAGUUGGAUAUCCUGAAUGAGACCACAGUGGAGUACAAAUGUAAUAAAGGCUACACUCUUUUGGGCUCUAAUCUUGUUAAGUGUGGGGUUGAUGGAAUCUGGAGGCCAGCAUCUCCUAUUUGUCAGAUAAAUACUUGCGAUGACUUGUCACAAACAUUGUUUCCCCAUGGUUCUAUUUCAUACACGGCCAACAAGUAUGGUGAUAGUGUGACUUACAGUUGUGACACUGGGUACACUCUGAGGGGAGAUGCGGAGAGACUAUGUGAUGAGACUGGUCAGUGGACAGCAGAUGAGCCAGAAUGUAAAAUUGUUGAUUGUGGUCAUCCUCCACUUUUAGCCAAUGGAUAUUUUGAAGGAGAUGAGUAUACGUUUGACUCAGUGCUUAAAAUUGUUUGUCAGAAUGAUUAUAAGCUGAAAGGUGUUGAAACCAUUAAGUGUCUAAGUAAUGGAUUGUGGGAGAAUUAUAUCUCAACCUGUGAACUUAUAAAAUGCCCUGAGUUAUUUUUUUCAAAUGGAUCAGUUUCAGUGGAUACUCAAAAUGUAAAAGGUGUUGCCAAAUAUCAGUGCAAUGAAGGUUAUGAUCUAGUUGGUAACACAGAAAGGACUUGUUCAGAUACAGGGGAGUGGUCAGGUACUGUACCAGUUUGUAAUGAAGUAGUUUGUCCUGAGCCUGAUCCAAUAGACCAAGCAAUACUAGAAGGAGAUAAAAGAAACUAUGGUGCAAAGAUUUUCUAUACCUGCAAGGAAGGCUAUCAGUUAUAUGGUGAUUUUGAAAGGGUUUGUGAACAUGGCAGUAAAUGGUCAGGCAUAGAACCUGUAUGUGAUCCUGUGCUUUGCCCAGAACCUUAUGAAUUCCCACCUCACCUUCAAUUUAAUGCAGACCAGAGUAAUUACUUAAGUGUCAUGACCCUCUACUGUGAUGAAGGCUAUCAACUGGUUGGAUCACCAGAUAGAGUAUGCCAGUCUAAUGGUACAUGGUCAGGCUCAGUACCACAUUGUAUCAAAAUCUCCUGUGGGGAGCCACCAGCUAUCCAUCAUGCCAUUAUAGUACAAAAAAGUGACAAUCUUUUUGAGGCUGUUGUCAAGUACUCCUGUGUGGAGGGCUACAGCUCUUCUGGACUAGAUACAACUACUUGCUUGUUCAAUAAAACUUGGUCUUUCAUAGACUUUGCCUGCAAUAUCAUUAGUUGUCCAAUAAUCCUGCCUACUGAUGUCCCUAAUUCAAAUCUAGAAGCAUCAACCUUUACCUUUGGAAGCACUGUUUCAUUUUCAUGUAUUGAAGGCUUCAAUAUGUCAGGAGCCUCCAAUGUUACUUGUACAUCUCUAGGAAAAUGGAGUUCAACCCUGCCAGAAUGUCUUAUCCUCCAGUGCCCAUCCUUGGGGCAGUUGGACUUUGGAUGGAUUGACAUUUCUUCACUUGAUUAUGGUAGCAUAGCUUUGUUUAGCUGUCAGAUUGGCUAUAACUUGGUUGGAUAUAAUGAGACCCAGUGUUUAAGUUCUGCCACUUGGAGCGUUCCUAAACCACUUUGUCAAAUUGUUUCUUGUGGAGCUUUGCCAGGUAUAAUUCCUAAUGGGCAGCUUUUGCAACCUCAAGCAGAAUACUUUUUUCAACAGAUGGGAUCUUACAGUUGUGAGUUUGGCUAUAAACUAUCUGGAAACAGUGUAUUGACCUGUCAAGAAACUGGACUCUUUGACUUUCUUAUUCCAUCUUGUUUAAGAAUCCCAUGUCCAGCUCCAGUGGGUAUUGACUUUGGUCACUUUACAGAGUACAUUUCUAAUUUCACAGUUGUUUAUGAAUGCAUGAGUGGCUAUAAUUUGAUAGGUCAAUCUGAACUUAUUUGUCUGCUGGGAGGAAACUGGAGUGAUCUUGCUCCUUCUUGUCUGCCUGUUAUUUGUCCAACACCAGCUGGCCUUCAAAAUGGGGAAAUCACUGGAACUGAAUUUUUCUUUGGACAGUCUGUCCAAUUUUCAUGCUACAAAGGUUACAAUUUAAUUGGGUCACCUCAGUUAGAAUGCUUAGCAAAUGAAAGCUGGAGUGAUGCUCAGCCCCAUUGUGCCCCUGUUGAUUGUGGUGAACCCACUGAACAGUUUAAUCAUGGCUUUAUCAAAGGCACAUACACCUAUGGAGGUAGUAUUGAGUAUCAUUGUAAUCCAGGAUUUCAGCUAAAUGGAAAAAACUUGAGAUUCUGUCAAGCUGAUGGCUCAUGGGAAACCUUUAUUUCAGAGUGCUUAAGGCUUAGUUGUCAGACACCACUCUCUAUAGAUAAUGGCUUUAUUAUUGGGGAUACAUACCAGUUUGAGGAUAAUAUAACUUACUUAUGUAAUGCAGGCUACCAAUUGAAUGGUGAUUCUAAUCAUACAUGUUUAUCUAACCUCAGCUGGAGUGGUCAAAUUCCAGCUUGUCUGAAGAUCUCUUGUGGUGUACCACCCAUUUUACUCAAUGGAAAGAUUUUGGGAAACUCUUACUUCUUUCAGGAUGUUAUUACCAUCUCUUGUGACUUUGGCUACCGUUUGGUCGGUGCUGCUGUCAUGACUUGUGAAGCCAAUGGCCAGUGGUCAGGACAAGCCCACUGUGAACAAAUUGUUUGCAAAGAAGUGCCAGCUAUCGUUAAUGGUAACUACAAGCUUGAUACAAACUCAAGUGUCAAUGCAGUGCUUUCUAAAGUUAUAUACGAAUGUGACAGAGGGUAUAUUUUGAAUGGCUCACAUGAGAAAAUCUGCCAGGAGUCAGGUGAAUGGUCAGAUGAUCUAGUUAAUUGCUAUCCAGUGUCCUGUAGUGCAAUCCAAAGCCUUCAGUACGGAACUGUCAUUGGUUCUAUUUUUACCUAUCUGUCAUUUGUGAAUUUUACUUGCAAUCCUGGCUUUGAUUUAAUUGGGACAUUUUCUUUGCAGUGUAACUAUACAGGAGAAUGGAGUGGACAGUUUCCUUAUUGUAAAGUUAAGUCUUGUCCAGAUGUUUCAGUUGCACAUGGCAUUGUUUACCUAAACUCUAAUGAUUCAUCUACUGUCACUACAAACAGGAAUGGUUCUCUUUACAUAUACGGAGAUACAAUAACUAUUGAAUGUCAUGCUGGUUAUGAAAUACUUGGAAAUUUGACUAGCAGUGAGUGUAGAAUUGAUGGUUCAUGGAGUAGUCUGAAUAUCACAUGUACCCCUGUGCAGUGCACUGAGCCUGUAGGAAUAGAACAUGCUGUUCUUUCAGUGCCAUCACUGACAUACCAAAGUGUCAUAACAGUCUCGUGUGUUGCUGGUUAUGAUCUCAUUGGAGAUGAUGAAUUGACUUGUGGGGCUAACAAAAACUGGGUUGAGCCCCUCCCAAAAUGUGUUCUUCUAGCUUGUGGCUCACCCCCAAGUGUCUCCAAUGCCAUCAUUGAAGGGGACAGUUUCAAACUUGGUGAUUUUAUAUCUUAUAAAUGUAAGCCUGGUUAUGAAAUGGUUGGUGACUCAAGGAUUCAGUGUGGAAGCGGCAGAGCUUGGGUCGGAAACCUACCUGUUUGUAGAGAAGUUAACUGUGGACCACCCCCUGCAUUUCCACAAGCAACAGUUAGUGUGGCAGACACCAUCUACAGGAGCCAGGCAAAUUUAACAUGUGACUUGGGUUAUGUACUUCAGGGCAACUCUGAAAUGAUUUGUAGUGCUGACCAGUCUUGGAAGUAUGAUCCAAACCUCAUGUGUGCCCCCAUUAAUUGUGGUAAACCUCCUCAGAUUGAUCAUGGCACUUAUUCUGCAGAUACUACAAUACUGGGCAGUCUGGCACUGUACAUGUGUAAUCCAGGAUAUUUCCUUGAAGACUCAAGCUCUCUCUACUGUUCUGAAGAUGGCUCAUGGACACAAGAUUUACCGCAGUGUCUCCCUGUAGAUUGCCACUAUCCACCUUCCAUUCCUUAUACAACAUCUGAAUUUAAUGGAACCCACUAUUCUGAAAAGGUUAAAUAUACUUGUAAUGUUGGUUAUCAACAAUCCGAUGUUAAUAUACAGGCAGAGUUAACAUGUAAUGAGUCAGGAGCCUGGCAAGGAGAUAUCCCAGUCUGUGAGGCAAUCAAUUGUGGUCUGCCACCUGAUUUCUCUCAUUCUUAUUAUUUUCUGGAUAACAAUAGAACUGACUAUUUGUCCUUAGCAGUUUAUCAUUGUAAUCCAGGAUACAAUAGCUCUAAACUAGACCAUUAUUUGAUUUGUAAUGUCUCCAGUUUGUGGGAAGGUAAUCCUAUUGUAUGUACUCCACUUGAUUGUAAGGAUCUUCCUAUUCUGAGCAAUGGUGAAUAUGAUGCUGCUAAUGGAACCACAUUUGGUUCUGUUGUCUCUUAUGAAUGCUCUAGAGGAUACACCAAGCUGGGACCAGAGUUCAUUACAUGCACAGAAGAUGGCACAUGGUCCACUGAUUAUCAUGCAUGCUUGCCAGUAAACUGCCUUCAACCUCCUGACAUUGAAAAUGGCAUGGUAGAGUUAAAUGAUACUACGUUGGGAUCUCAAGCAUUUUACUCAUGCUUACCUGGCUACACAGUUGUUGGUAAUGAUACGCUUGACUGUAGUGAUACAGGUCAGUGGGCAUUUGCUAAUACAUAUUGUGAACCAGUUGACUGUCAAGCACCAAUCUCAAUAUUACAUGGUCAUGUGAACUAUACUAGCUCAAAAUUUCAAGGACUUGCAAUUUAUUCCUGUGACCCUGGGUACAGUAUUGGUUUGGAUACAACACUUGUAUGUAGUGAGUCAGCUACAUGGGUUGGGCUAGAACCUCACUGUAGCAUUAUUAAUUGCAGUCAGCCUUUGGUUAAGCCUUAUUCCAGAGUUCUGUACUCAAACUUAUCAUACCUGUCUUCUGCUACAUUUUCUUGUGAAGCAGGUUACCAACUAGUGGGGCAGAGUUCUAUUCUUUGUUUAGAAACUGGUCAGUGGUCUGAAGAAUCGCCAGAUUGCUCUCCACUGGAUUGCUCUCACCCAGUAGAAAUUCCUCAUGGUAGUCUGAUUGCUUCAGGCACCACAUUUGGCUCAUAUGUCACAUACUCUUGCCAUUCAGGUUACCAGCUCAAGGGAGACAGAGUCAUUUACUGCAGUCAACAAGGUACUUGGGAUGGCAGCAUUCCAUCUUGUGACAUUAAAGACUGCAGGAUGCCAUUGGAUAUUGCAAAUGGUCAGGUCAUUUACUUCUCCACAACCUUUGCCUCAUUAGCCACCUACACUUGUAACAAAGGCUUUAGGCUACAAGGGAAUAAUACUAUUUACUGUGAUGAAAAUGGCCACUGGAUAUCUUCUGAUCCUGCAAUAUGUGAAGAGAUCCAAUGUCCAGAGCCUUCAUUUAUUCAAAAUGGGCAUGUUAGUUACACUCAGCUAACUGUAGGAUCAUUAGCCAACUAUGCCUGCAAUUCUGGGUAUGUCCUUAUUGGCUCCACUUCACGUGUCUGUAAUGAGGAUGGUACCUGGCAAGGAGGAAAGCCUGCAUGUGACAGGAUAAAGUGUCCAGUUCCCCCUCAAAUACCUCAUGGACUCUUCUCAAGUUCUGACCAGUCUGUGGGCAUCAGAGUAAAUUACACUUGCACUGCAGGAUUUGUACAUAGCGGGGUAACAAGUAUAUUUUGUCAGGCUGAUGGCACAUGGUCCUCAGAGCUUCCCAUGUGUAUACCUGUCACAUGCCCAGAACCUAAAGCAAUACUGAAUGCCCUCAUAACAGCACACACAGGCAACAAUCUGGGAUCUAGUGUCACCUACUCAUGUGUCAAAGGGUUUGAGAUGGUUGGUCAUGCAGACAAUGAAUACACUGUUGUAUGUUCCGGCUCUGGAGAAUGGAGUAGCAGUAUGCCUAGAUGUACUGUGGUCACUUGCAAAACUCCUCCACCAAGCAUCCCUUUUAGCACCAUUAAAACUUUAGGCAACACAUACACUUCAGAAACAGUUUACACAUGUCUCAGUGGCUAUCACUUAAAUGGCAGUGGAAAAAUAGCAUGUAAUCAUUUGGGCCAAUGGUCAGCAGAUGAGCCAACAUCAUGUGUUCCUAUGUUAUGUGGACCACCACCUGAAAUACCACAGUCUACUUAUGAAGGCUCCAUUUUCAGUUUUAAUCACUCAGUAACUUACAGAUGUAACCCAGGCUAUGAUUUAAUUGGUAUACCAACUAGUUACUGUGAUGCUGAUGGUGCUUGGAGUUCUAUUGGUUUCCAUUGCCAACAACAACAAUGCACAGAAAUUCUAGCAAUACCUGACAAUGGAGAAAUAGUAGGUGAUUCAGAUGGUCCUUUUGUUGUUGGCUCAACAGUAUCCUUUGUCUGUUUGAAUGGAUAUUCUCUUGUUGGUCAAUCAACCUUGAGAUGUACUGAUUCUGGACAAUGGUCAUCACAGCCCCCACUGUGUCAAAAUACUAUUGAUUUUUGCAAGGAGACCUUAACAAUGGAUAAUACUAAACCUCCUCCUCCUGGUAAGCUUAUUGGUAGCCAAACAGUCUUAGAGUGUGUACCUGGAUAUGUGGCCAAUGGUGAUUUGACUUCAGUCUGUCAGAGUGAUGGAAGCUGGACACUCCCAACUGGACGAUGUGAAAGAGCGUUCUGUGGCAAGCCGGUGGUUGAAAAUGCUCUCAAUGUCAAGCUGAUUGGUCAAAAUUAUUACUAUGGAGACACAGUUGUAUUUAUUUGUAGAUAUGGAUUAAUGCCUGUCAAUGGAAACUCAGUUUUAAAAUGCAAAGAAGAUGGCAAAUGGGAUGGAGAAGCUAAGUGCAUAGAAUUUUGUAAACAAGAUUGUCUUAAUGGUGGGCGUUGUAUUGGAGGCAAUAAAUGUAAAUGUUUGCCUGGUUGGGCUGGUCACAGAUGUCAGACAGCAAUUUGUAUCUUCCCUUGCCUUCAUGGAGGAAAGUGUAUUGCCCCUUACCUUUGUCAGUGUAAGCCUGGCUAUGAAGGUUCACGCUGUGAAAAAGUCUUAUGUUCUAAGCAGUGUCAGAAUAAUGGCAGAUGUGUUGAACCAGACAAAUGUCAAUGUCCAUUUGGUUUUACUGGGGCAUCUUGUGAAACAGCAAUUAUCAGACGUAAUGCUAACCGUUCAGGCUAACAGUAAUGCUACAGCUUGCCUCAUCAGUCAAUUUCAAGUCUUUGCAAAUAUGCAUUUAUUAAUGCUACAAGUGAAAACCAAUCAAUAUUAAAGCAUUGUUUUCAUUAUUGAAUGCUUUCAUUUUUCUACUUGUUCUGUAUUAAUGAAGGCCUGAUAAUGUUAACUAAUUUUGUGUGUGUGUACAAGUAUGGUUGGCUAAUGUACAUACCAUCUUUUUUAGGGCGUAUCACUAUUUUUCUUUUGAUAUGUUAAAGCAAUUAGAUUAUAAGACAGUCUUUGUAUAAGACAGUCUUUGUAUUGACUUUUUGUAAAAAAAAUGACAAAGGCAGUUUUGUCUGCUGUACAAUCUAAUUUUAUAAUUUUUGUUAUUGCCCCUUAUCUGCUUGUCUGAAUUCUUAAAGAAACAGUUGUGUCUCUAAGAGCCACUAGCUGCAACUUGAGAAUCACUGUGCUAUGCUGUUUUUUCGACUUGUCUGGUAUGUGUACCAAGGUUGGUUUGAUAAACACAAUAUAUUCUGUCUCACAGUAAGCUGCUAAUGUUAAAAAAAGAAGAAAAACAACCUCAAACAACUUUGAAAAAUGCAUUUAAUUACAAUUUGCAUAAUUAAUUAGUGCAGAAGGCAAAAGUAAAGGCUUUCACACAAGACAAAUAAACAUGAACCUGAGUUUAAAAAAUCACUAACCAUCAUUUUAUCUUAGAGAUGUUAGGUACACAAAAAUUUGACUCAUUUGAAUCAAGCAGAUAAACUAUAAAACUUGACUUAGUGAUUGAAAGGAAUCACUUUGUCUAGUGAUCAUUGCAGAAUUGAACACUAAAUCAUACUAUGCUGAUUGUUUUUUUUUGUUUUAAUUACUUUUUUGCUUCAGUAUUUUUUUUUAAUUAAAAAAUUCAUUUAUUUUACUGUAGAAAAAAAACAUGUAUUCAUUAUACUGGCGACAUGAAAUAAAAAAGACAAAAUGAA